AUGCAGUCAUUUAAGGCGGUCUUCUUUAAGCCGGAUCCGCAGGAACAAAAACGAAAAUGUGACGCUAUCAUCCGGAAGAACGUCCGAGCCUUGGACCGCGAUAUUCUCAAUCUGAAAGUCACCGAGCAAAAAACCAGGAGUCUGAUCCUCAACUCAUCGAAGAGAGCGCAGAAAAACCCCUCACAAGCGAAACAAGGCGCAGCCGAGGCACGAAUAUUUGCACGAGAAUUGAUCAAGGUGCGGAAACAGGCGGCAAGAUUACACACGAGCAAAGCCCAGCUACAGAGCGUACAGAUGCAGGUCAACGAAGCAUUCGCAGUACGAAAGAUCGAAGGCAGUUUGAAGGCCAGUACAAAUAUCAUGAAGGAUGUCAACACCCUCAUUAGAUUGCCCGAGUUGACGGGCACGAUGCAAGAACUUAGCCAGGAGUUAAUGAAGGCGGGCAUUAUUGAGGAGAUGGUCGGCGAUGCUCUACCCAAUGAUGAAUUAUUGGAAGGAGAGGACGAGGAAGCCGAGACCGAAGUCGACAAAGUGUUGGGCGAGGUGCUGAAGGGGAAGCUGGGAGCUCCAGAACAGCAAGUCCCGCAACUGCCCGUGGAGGAGGAAGAAAAUGCCGAGGACAGGGAAGCAGAACUGGAGCAGAUGCGAGGGAGACUGGAAGCUUUGAAGAGUUGA